CCUCCCGCGGGCCGGGACGCGGCGGCUCCGCAACCGCCGUUGCCGGGACCGGAACCGGGCUGAGAGGCGUAGCGGGUCCGGAGGCGGUGGAACCGAGGUCCCACAGAAGAAAAUGGUGUAAGGCCAGCACACAGCUGCCACUUCCAGUCCCAACCUGCUCAGAGCUCAGGGAGGAGAAGACCAUGGCAGCAUCUCAGGGAGCAGGAAGCAGCUCAGCCGGGCCAUCCGGACUCCCCGGUUCUGCCCCGGGGCCCGGCAGCAAUUCCCCAGCCGUGGCAGUGUGGGAAUGGCAGGAUGAAUUUGGCAGGUGGAGGCCUUACAGAGCCAACGUCUGCAGCUACAUCGAGCAGGUUUUUCAGGCCUCUCAGCAGAAGGGAAGGCAUUCAGGAGCAGGGCUUGUCAGCAGCAUCCCUUUGGGACACGCGGAUCCUGCCCUGGCUCCCUACGUCAUCGACAUUCCAAGCUUCACACAAUUCCGGCAGGAUACAGGGACCAUGCGUGCUGUCCACAGACACCUCUUCCCCAGGGACUCCGCCGCUGGGCAGGGCAUCGUCUGGGAGUGGCAGAACGAUGAAGGGGGGUGGUCCCCAUAUGAGAUGAACGUCUGUGUCUUCCUGGAGGAAGCCCACACCACCUACCACCAACGUGUAGACCUUGGACCUUUGGGUUACAACUACGAAGUUGACUUUUUGGCACAAGUCCAAACCAACAAAGCCACCAAGUUCCGACGCAGCAUCCAGAGGCGGUCGGACGCCCCGUACCCUUUGGUGGUUUCCCCAGCACCUCUUCACCCAGGGGUUUCUUGUUCCUGCCAGCAGUGCUGGCAGACCAGUGGGACUGGUCCCAUCACCACACGUUACCGGCACUCCAUGAUCAACUUCCCAACUUCUUCCACUGCUCCUCAGGUUCCUGCUAGGACGGUGUCAGUAAGUUCUUCCAGCUUCGUGCCCUAUAACAAACCAACUUUGUCUGGAGCAAGGUCGACCCCCAGACUCAACUCACAGAGCACCUGGGCUUUGCCUCAAGCUGGGGGACCCACCCCAGGACUGCCUGCAGCAAAUGGAAUCAGUGCCCCAAACCUGCCCUUCAAGAUGCCUAAAACCAGCAAAGUGACCCAGGCCCUGGCAGGCAUGACGGCUAUUCUGAUGGCAGCCGCCGGACUCCCCGUGCACCUCACCUCUGUGCCUCAAGCUGCCAGCACCCAUAAAGCCACUAAAAAACACAGCUCAGUUAAGGAGGGGAGGAAAGUGUCCAAGAAAGCAACACCAACAGAGCCAGAAGCAGUGCUGAAUAAAUACCUGGAAGAGGUGAAGGGCACUCCUGACAACGAGGACUGUAUGAUCUGCAUGGAGAAGCUGUCCUGCCCCUCAGGUUACAGUGACAUGUACAAGAGCAGCACAGUCAGGGCAGAGUCCAUCAGUCGUCUGACCAAGUGCCAGCAUUCCUUCCACAAGCUCUGUGUGCUGGCCAUGUAUUCCAAUGGGAACAAGGAUGGGAGCUUGCAGUGUCCCUGUUGUAAAACCAUCUAUGGGGAGAAGACAGGUACUCAGCCCAAAGGGAAGAUGGAGGUCUCCACUUCCCCCCAGUCCCUCCCUGGGCACAGGGACUGUGGGACAAUCCAGAUUGUGUAUCACAUCAGCAGUGGCAUCCAGGGUCCUGAGCACCCCAACCCUGGAAUGCCAUACACAGCAAGAGGCUUUCCUCGCUAUUGUUACCUGCCAGACAAUGAGAAGGGCAGAAAGGUUCUGGAGCUCCUGAGGGUGGCCUGGAGGAGACGUUUGAUUUUCACCGUGGGCACCUCCAUCACCACUGGGGAGACCAACACUGUGGUGUGGAAUGAGAUCCACCACAAGACAGAAAAGGACACAAACCUGAGUGGCCAUGGCUACCCUGACCCCAGCUAUCUGGACAAUGUCCUGGCAGAGCUGUCAGCACAAGGUGUCACCGAGGACUGCUUGGGGGGACAAUGAGAGCUGAGGUGGGGCCCACCGAGUGCACUUAACUCCUAUUGCCUUAAGUUCCUGUGUCUGACCCAUCACACU